ACUUAAGAUAAAGAAGAAUUUACCAUAAAAUAAAAAAAACUUAUUUUUAAUAAUAGAUAAUUUUAAAUCACUAAGAAGAAUUAUUAUAAUUUAUAUAGGCCGAAAUUUUAUAACAUUUUUUUAUUUAUAGGUUGGCAAUAAAAAAUUUUAUGGUUGCGAAAUUAAACCGGAUCUGUACAAUUUAACUUUCUAUCAAAAUUCGUCCCUGAUUCACAAUCUCAAUCUCAGAAUAAGAUAAUCGAAAUUUCAAUCUAAAACGAUAAAAAAUACAUUAAAAAGUAUUGUUAACGAAACGAUUAAAAAUAGAUUUAGACACUCGUCGAGAAUACUUUGAGCAAUUGAUUUCAUUUUUUAUUUAUCGUUUUAAAAAGAGAGGAACAUCUGAAUCUGUUACGAGUAACGGGUAUUUGCUGAUCGACUGUUAAAGUGAUUCUACUAUAAGUGAGCGUGUUGUAACUAUAUAACGUUUGCAUACGUUUUGAAAAGAAGUUAAAUUUGCAGAAAUUUAUUUUGUCGGAAAGUGUGUCCACAUUCGAAAGUGUUAAAAAGUGUGUCUCUGAUAUCGAGUGAAAAAUAUGCAUAUUAUCAUGGUAAUAUUCGCCACCAUUCUGAUUAUACAAUCGUAUGCUAUUGCUGAAUCAAGGGAACAGAGCAGCAUAUUAUUAGACGAUCAAGCAAAAGAAAAAAAAUUAACGUUACCAUUCACAUCAACGGAGUUGUAUCAAGACAAUAUUAAAUAUUAUAAUUUUCCAACGGAUUAUAUUUACAGACCUCUUCAAAACAAGAAAUGUCCAUUGUGCGACACUUCUGUUCUACCUUAUUGCGGAGAAAAAUUAUUGCACGAUGCAUGUUGCUGCACAGAUCCUUAUACAUACGAUUUACCUUACCAAUGUAAAUUAGCGGAUUGUCGAUUUUUGCAUGCGAAUAGUUGCAAAGAACAUCAGUUAAUUGCAAUCUGUUGCUGUAGUGAUGAUUACCGAUCUUUAUUGAAGAGUUUUUCAAAUGUUUAACAUAUUUAUUAUAAAUCAUGUUUUAUUUAUUUGUUUUAUCAUGAUAUAUAGUAUUUAUAUUAUGCAUAUAUAAGUAAUGUAACAUGUUGUUUUAUUAACAUAUAAAUUUUUAAUCAAAAUGUUUAUAUAUAUUAUCAAUCAAUUGAACAGUAAAUGUAUUUUUGCCACAUAUAAAAAUAGUAAGUAACAAAUUUUA